AGGAGAUGAAAAUUAUGAAGUUCAUGUUCUUUCUAACUGUACUACUAUGCAUGGUGGCUAGUGGCGAAGGUCUUUCAUGCCAACUCGGAGGGAAUGCUGCAUGCUCGGUUUCUUGCUGGAUACAGGGGCGUCACUACGGAGGAUACUGUAACAGCCGUGGCGUCUGCAUAUGCAACCGCUAAUCCAAAAUGUGCGUGAAAAAGUGCGA